GAUUUGAUGAUCAAGCUUGUUGAUGAUUGGAAAAGGGGAGAUAUGACCUCUAUUUAUAGAGAAAAAAGACAAAAAUUCUUGGGUAGACUUGGUCCACAAUAAAUUUAUUGUGAACCUUAGGGUCUCACGUGCCACAUGCCACUGAACAACCCAUCCUACUAACUUAUUUCAAAACCCAGUCCACUAACUUGUUUCACAAGCAUUUCUUCUGCCACAACCUACUAAUUUCCUUCCAGUUCGACGCCAUUAACAACUAAAAUAGAGCUCGAAUUUUCAUCUCUCUCCUUCUAAUUCUACUGAAUUCUAGGUUUUAUUUUCUACUUAAUCAAUCAAUUUCUUCAAAUUUCAUGGAGAAUUCUUCUAUACAAUCAAUUGAAAUGCAUCUAAAUCGAAGUAUACAGGACACUAUAGAAAACUUCGAUAUUAUUGUCAUCAAUUUCGAUCUGAAUGAAGCUGUUGAAGAUGAAGAACAAGCUAUUAUUGAAGCUAAGGAUGAUAAUGAAGUUCAUGACGAAAAAUCAAUCUCUAAUGAAACCUCAAGGUGCAAGUAAUAACGAUGAGAUUAGUGGUUGGUUAGUAGGAGAAACUCGAGCAACACUUGCGGAAAUACAUGAAUUGUAUUGUCAACAUGCUGCUGCAGUUGGUUUUAGUGUUAGAAAAGCAAAACAAACAAGCAAAAUUGGAACUAAAGAUAUCAUCACCAAAAAGUUCUUUGUAUGUUCUGCAGCAGGAUUAAGAAAUUCUGGUAAAAAGAAGGAAAAAAUUGCAGAAGAACUCUUGACAGAGGAAAGUUCUUCAGUUAAAAAAAACAAGACAAAGUAGGAGAGUUCCACUAACAAGGACAAACUGUAAUGCUUUGAUAAUAGCAAAAUUGAAUGAGGAAGGGCAAUUGGAGAUAGUUCAGCAUGUGUUGGUGCACAAUCAUCCACUCACUAGACCACAAUGGAACCAUUUCCACCGUUCAGAGCGUGCAAUGACUGGAAUUAAAGGGCAAGUAAUUGAGGCCAUGCAAGAAUCUAGACUAAGACCUAUGGAAUCCUUUAAUUACAUGUCAAAUGAAGCUGGUGGAGAAGAUGCUAUUGGUCAUACAGUGAAAGACCACAUGAAUUAUUGUUAUAAACUGAAAAUAAAGGCCAUUGAAGUAGGAGAUUCUCAAGUAGUUUGUGAUAAACUACAUGAAGCUUAUUCUGAGGACCCUAACUUCUUUUUUAGAGUAAGGUUGGAUUCAGAUGGAAGGGUUUGUAACUUGUUUUGGAGGGAUUCCAUGAUGCUUGAAGAUUAUAAAAUAUAUGGGGAUGUCACUGUAUUUGACACCACAUAUAGGACUAAUCGUUACAUCCUCAUCUGUGCACCCUUUGUAGGAAUAAACAACCACUGGAAGAACACUAUGUUUGCUUGUUCUUUUAUUGGUGAUGAGACCACAGAUUCAUUUGUGUGGUUAUUUGAGACCUUCAAAAAGGCAAUGGGUGGUAAAUGUCCUGUAUCACUGUUUACAGACCAAGAUGUAGCCAUGGCAGCAGCAAUACCAAAGGAAAUUUCUAAUUUUGAAGGAACUUUUUGAAUACCACUACAUCUAAAUAUGUUUGUACUAAAAUUAUAUAGUUACCUAUAUUUUAAAUGCAAUAACCAAUUUUGAAACUAUAGUAACUGUAUAA